AUUUUUCCCAUCCCUUUAUUAUCAACAAUCGCCUCCUUCUACUUUUCACUUUCGGAGCAAUUCGACUCAUCAUUGUCGCUUGACACUAAAAACACAAACAACCCAAACAACCAACAGCUCAGCUUCGUCCACCUAUUUCGAGCUUGCUGGCCACGACUUCUACGACCUCUCCACGAUAUCCAACCGAUAGACAUCAGCUAUUCGAGAUCUUCGAAAAAGCACAAGGCCAAAGAAAAACAAGAUACUGGUCCGACUUCGCGAGAGCUGCUCCAGCCCUUGGCCACCCAAGAGAACAAUCCUCCACCCGACACAUCCACCACCACAUUCACAAUGAAGGUCUUUUCUAACGCGGUGACCUUUAACUACUCCUGGGAGGAGGUCUCCGCCGCCAACUGGCGGAAAUACUGCCCGUGGAACGACAAGACGACGCACGUGAUCGCCGUCGACACCAUCAACCGCAGCGUCGACCCGGCCACGGGGAUCCUCCGCACUGAGCGCCUCAUCACCUGCAAGCAGUCUGCGCCCAAAUGGUUCGCCUCGCUCGUCGGUGGUGCCAGCGCCGGCGGCGACCCGGACGUCUCGCAGGUUUUUGAGACGUCUUACGUCGACCCGGCCAAGAAGACCGUCACCAUGGUCUCCCAGAAUCUCACCUUCUCCAACCUCAUUUCCGUUCAGGAGUCGGUCGUCUACAAGCCCAUCAGCGCCACUCAGACCCAGUUCGUCCAGGACGCCCAGAUUACCGCCCUUUGCGGCGGCUGGCAGCGGAUCAAGAACGGUAUCGAGGACCAGUGCGUGUCCCGCUUCCGCGACAAUGCCCAGAAGGGUAAGGAAGGCUUCGAGAUGGUGCUGGCCAUGAGCAGGAGGGUGUUCGCCGAGGAGCGCGAGCGCGAGAUGCGUGUCCGCCAGGGCAUUGCGGCAUAAUCUUCUCUUGUCCAGAGAGGGAAUGCCUCGGAGUUCCGAACGGUACGACCGCGACUCAACGGGUUCCCUACUCUCCCUUC